AUGAAUGAAGGUUCUAGCAGAGCGCUACAAGGCAUGUAUAGGGAGCACCCUUUGUGUUGUGCGGCAUUUGCAGCUGCUGCGUGUGGUUAUGCCAUGUAUCGUUGCACAAAACUCCUUCAGGCACUUAGGAAGCGUGUGAUGACGCAAGUGAUGCUUAAUAGUCUUGAGCACGGCAUUGUACAUUUGUUCAUUCAUCCCCGCUGGCCACACGGCCCUAAUUGUUUCUUGCAUUGCUUUAAGGUGGAAACCUUUCUUCGACUGGCGAAGAUUUCAUACAUUGUGCACUUCAUCGACGACCCCACUGUAUCUCCUAACGGGAAGUUGCCAUUCAUCUUGUACGAUGGUGUAGCAGUGGGUGAUAGUGAAGUUAUCAUUCAUUACUUGAUGAACGAGUUUGAUGUAGAUUUGGAUAAUCAACUAUCCGCUGAAUCCCAUGCUGUUGGUCGCGUCGUUACAAGGAUGGUUGAAACAUCACUCAACUAUGGUUUACAGCGAGUAGUGUUGAUUGAUCACCCCGAGUUAUUGGAAGGUGUGUUAGAGGAGGAAUUCACACGGGAUGAGGAGUCCACCCACAAAAAAGUGGAAGGCAUGCGGCGCACGCUUGUGGAGGUUCUUGAGACCACUGGAGAUUACCGACUGCCGCCGCUGGAGUACACACGCCAAUUUCUUCAAGAGGUGAAGUGUUUGGAUGUGCUUCUGCAGAAGAGUGCGUUUUUACUUGGAGACACUCCUACAAGUUAUGACGCUGUGGUGUAUGCGUGGUUGCAUGUGGCGAAGACAUUAAUGGAAGGACAUGAGGAACUCAUCCCGGCUUUAGCUGUAAGUGAACCGUUUGCCAGUUACGUAGCCCGCAUGACGAGUGCAGCUUUUCCAGAUAUGAAGUCCAUCAGCGGAUGCAAUCAAUCGCAUAGGUUUACCCCACACACGUGUAGACAAGGCUGUUCUUGA